CCUCUGUAUGAGGGGGAGUGUAAAUACAUGUUGCUUGUAUUUAAAGCCAUUUAUCUGUUAAGUACACUCGGAAACGGUUCACUCUAUUCAAACCACGAGAUACUAGUUUUGUGUAUCGACAAAACAAUUUUAGGAAUGCUCUUUUAAAAUAUAACAUGUUUUUUCUCUACAUAUUUAGUUUGCUAUUUUCUCUAAAAUCCGAUGGAAAAUGUUUCUCGCUAUUGUAUUUCACGAUUCAUUAACAUUUCGGAUAAACUAGUUUUUCGGAAAUUUGUUCAACUGAAUGCAUUUGCCCUCGGCUGAAUGCUGCACAAUAAGAUAGAGAUAUCCUUCUAACGGUCAAUGUCAUUUAACGAUCUCUCGGAUAGAGAUAAAAUCAGCUUCUUUGAUAAGUAAUAGGGGAAGAGUGUGCACUAAAGAUUAUCAGACUUCAAGAUCCACGGCGCAUGCGCGAUCACUUGGAUUGAAUCAGAAGAGUUUUUCGAAACCACCAAGAUGGCGGUACCUCUAAGAGGUGUUAUUGGAUUCAACAAGUUGAAAAAGUGAAAAAAAUAUGAUCAAAUAAAUGUAAGUUUAAAAAAGUCUUCACACAGCCGUUGGAAAUUAUGAACGGAAUGUAUUUCUCACAUCUGUGCCAAUGAAUUAUCGUUAUUCAGUGAUGCUGGCGUGUUAGCUUUCGAAUUAGAAUACGUGAUUUUAACAUCAGCAUACAAACUGUUAUUCCAGAAGAUAUUAUUACGGAUGAAGUGAAAAACGUCCUUUGCGACCGGCUGCAUUGUUUUACUGGAAACACAGGUGCCCGUUAAACUCUGGAGAAGGAGAAAAGUGUAAUAUGAUAAAAUUUUAAUGCAUUUGUCGUCUGGAUUUAUAUAUAAAAAAUUCGCUUUGAGAUUCUAUUAUUUGCAUAAAUAUUAUGUCAAACAGUGAGAGAUAUGAGAAAAUAAAAAUCGCCUAGUUUUUAAAUGAACUUAUUUCUAUUUUCAUAUUUAAGUUGCUAUGGUAACUUGACCAUUUUUUCUGAUUUACAAUACAAACGAGUCAAUGUAUUUAAUAACGGUGUGGAUUUUCUUCGCUAAACGAUAAAUCAGUACAGCAUCGUGUCUCAUUCAUAUAUAUGUAUUAAUUAAACAUCGAAUUCCUAUAUAGAGUUAUCAUGAAAUCUAUUCCGAGGGAAUAUUCCAUGACAAUCAUUUGUAAUCAUGGGCAAAAUGUUUACAGUAAAACGUCUGGAUUUAUACGUGUUUAUAUAUUCUAAUCUGGAUUACUAGGCAACAUGAAUGUGUGAAUGUAAGAUAUGUAGACGACUAAAAUAGAAAGAAUUUUACUUUUAAAGAGGAAUUAGAACACUAGUUAAUGUGUUUAUUUAGAUUUGUAUCACGUGGUUGGCAGGAGAUCGAGGUCACUACACUACACGUGGUAUGACGGAGUCUUGUAAAAUUGACCUGGAUGUGUUCUCUGUGGCAUUAUCGUUACCCUGGAAACUAUGGUCAAUACAGGUGGGCAUGGAGACAUCAAGCUAGAGAAUAAACCAUGUCAGAGGCAAAGCUGGCAACCUACUGUACAAAAACAGUCCACUCUUUUGUCAAGCGAACCAAGCGGGUUGAAAUACAAAUUUCAUGCACAAUAUACCUCAGAUACUGCUCGCAAUAAACUGAUUCUAGACGACAUUACAUUGUACAAAUAUCAUCAAAUCACCGAACAUCCAUCAUCGUAUAGCUGUAUCAGUUCAACAUACCAUGUCGGUAGAGAUGUUAACUUGCAAAUAUUGGAUACAUUGCCGUAUCUAGAAAUACCUUUUCCAUCCGGAUCUAGGUCAGAGAGCACGUAUCGUUCAAAUAGGUCAACACUUUUUUCGUUGCCUAGACUGUUCGGAAAUUCUAGAUUAAAGCUUGCAAUAUUUAGUAUAAUCAUAUCAAUGUUGUUACUGUGUAAGGGCUGCACGUGCUUCUGCUCAGAGAACUUAAAUGUGUCGCUGCCGCCACACUUGACCCAAUUCAAUGAAACCAAUAUGGCGGCUGUUUCCGGGCAGUGCCUUACUGUGACUGGAACCUUAGUUGAAGAAAUUUGUGAAACAUCAAAUAAACGGGUUGAUCGUGAAAAAUUGCUCCGUAAUAUUAGUACAGAUUUUUGUGGGCUUCCGUUAUAUAAUAUAUUAUCGUCAAAAGAAAGACACAGUGUGCAAUGUGCACGUGAUAACGGUUGUGCUCGUGUGAUUAACCGUGUACAGGAAAUAGACGCGGAAUUACGUAAAAUGUACUGUCAGUUCACAGAUGUUCUAGAAAGGAUAGAUUGUGGAGAUAUGUUCUCGACCACUGGCGAUUGUAAUCUAUGUAAGUCUGCCUAUAAACGAUGGUUGUGCUCAGUAUAUAAUACCUACUAUACCACAGAUGGACAAAUUAAACCAUGCAUAGACUUCUGUGAUGACGUUUCAGAAUCAUGUCCGUUCUUCCGUCCGCACGGAGAGACUCUUAUAGGAGAACCGGGGUUCUUAUGCAAAGAUUUAAAAUCUAUUGCGGAUGCCGCUGUAUAUGGGCCAGCCGGAUGUUGUUAUAAGCCGCACGAAGUUUACGAGAUUGCUGAUAUAGAUGAUAUUGACUAUGAGACAAUAGUGACUACUAAUUGUACAGCUAUAUCAAAAAGUUCAUCAUCUGUGCAUAGUUCACCGAAUAGUGUUUUAUUUAUGUUAAUCAUAUGGUGGAUAACAAAGUUAUGGUUCCGUCAUAUAACAGUUCCUUGGGAUAGUAGUAUAGGGUUAACAUAGCGUCUAAAAAUAGAAUUAUAAUGACUGGUGAAUGUCUUUCGUUUUACACAGUUUUUAUAUCCUUGCAUACAAUCUUCUUAUCAGACAGGACAAACUUCAAAAUAAGAAGAAAUUAUACACCAUAAUUUAGUAUCCAGACAGUUCUUUGUUUUUAUGGUAUUUUAACAUCAUUCAACUCUCGCAAGGAAUGUAUGAUGGUAGAGAUCUAGUACAUAUUUGCAAAUCUUCAGUACACGAAAAUUUUUUAUAAAAGUCAAAGUUUUGUUUGAUAUGUAGAAUACACUUUAAAAAUAACUAAAUGUAUAAAUUAUUGCUGUUAAUUGUAAAUAAGAAAAUGUUCCAAAGAGAGUUUGAUAACAGAAAACAAAAAUUAUAGUCUAAGUAAUUAAGCAAGAACAAGGAUAGAUUUUGUUUUUUAUUCUUUUUGGAUUUUUUUUCUUUUUCUAGAUCAUAGUACCGAAGUACUAGUCAACCCAUCCGAUAGUUUUUUGUUUGUUUUUUUACAAAAGAAAAUUCAUGAAAAAUAAUUUAAAAGAUCACGAUUGAUUGUAAAAUUGAACUUGUCGAAACUUGCUGUCGAUUUUUUUAAAUAUGGAAAAAAAGAAAAAAAUAUAAUUUAUAUGGAAAAACAGUAGAUAGUGUUCUCGGGUGAAAUUAAUUAAGAAUUAUUGGGUUAGGGACGAUUGCGUGUAACAUUUCUUCCUAGUCAUUUGACAAUUAGCUUGUAUUGUUUUAAUCCACACAAAAAAAGCAGUAAAGCUUCAUAUAUUACCAUUUAAAUAGAAGAAUCUAUGCUGGGGUAUAAAUCUGAGUAAAACAAAACAUGUUCAUUUAGGAUUAAUGUAUGUAUUAAUUUUAAUAAAUUGAGUAUUGAUGUCAGAUAUUAACAUAUAUUUGACAUUGUGUCACAGUAUUUUAAUCAUUGCUCGGUCCGGGAUGUCCAAAAACUGUACAGAUCAUUUGUCAAUACAGAUCAUAGGUGAACUUCAAACUGUGUGACGAUUCAAAUGUGUUGUGGCUUGCUUUGGAUAAAUCCUAUACAGUGCCGUCCGAUAGUUUCUGGAAUAAGAGGAGAUAAUUCUGUAUAUUUUAACGUAUUGGUUUUAUUCAUGUGUAUGAUAUUUUUGUGUGAUGUCGUGUGUAUGAAUGAUAUAUUAUUUGGCAAGGCUUUUUAGGAUGCUUCAUUUUUUGUUUGAGUGUAAACUGGACACUACUGUAGAUAAUAUAAGAUAUAACGCUUUCUUGUUUUCUUGCAAUAUCUUAAUAUCUAGCUUUUUACCAUGCUCAAAUCAGACUGCUUGGUCAAGACUGACCCUGCAGGAAGACUGUCAAGCUUGCCUGAGAAACUGUGGCUAGAAAUUUUGCGACUCUAGUUAAUUUUAGCAUAAACAAGCUAAACUUUUUUAUGAAGACGUACUAGCAUCAUUGUAUGAUGACGUCAAAUAUCGUCUGCUGUAAUGAAGAAACAUAUCGAACACCAAUAUGCAUACUUCAUUCAGAGCCCUAUCCCGAAUCCGUUAAAAUAUUUCGUCGUAUCCAUGUAUAUAACCGUACUACUUUUAAAACUGUUUAAACGUACUUUACAGAAAAGAUGUGGUCUAAGUUGAACCAUAUAAGACACCACGAAAAUAAAUUAUUGUUUAAACUUGCUACCUUUUGAGGCACUAGCACACACAUAAUUAUACAAAACUUUCUUUAUAUUAUCGAGGAACUAAUAUGUCUAUCAAUUGUGAAAUUUAUAAGGUUUUUCUCUCUUAACAUUAACAAACGAUUAAAUGCAUUUUCAAAUUUCUGAAGAUAAAACUUUACAUUUAAGACACAUUCUUGUUUACGUUCCGUUUUCAUUAAAUGAACAAAAGUCAUAUUUCACGUCUUGUGUAAAAAGAGAUUGGAUUGUAAAACUAAUGUAUUUGUUAGAUGAACGGAUACAAGAUGAUAAAUCGAUACGAUUAUCUUUUUUUCGUCUGCCAGUGUAAUUAAACAACGAUUAUUGAAGAAAAGAAAACAAUGAGGGCAAUUUCUGGUCUGACAUUUUGUUUUCAUUACAGAAAGAAAUUUUGAACUAUACGUAUGUCCUGGGCCGCCCGUCUGUCAUAUUUUUCAUACUGCAAUGGGUGAACAUUUCUUAUUGUUUCUUCUUUAUUACUGGUAUCAAUUUCAUGUUUGAAUAUAUGCAUAUAAAACUGUUGCUGUAACAUUUCUGUAAGAUAAAACUAGAUAAUUCAGAAAAUGUAGCAUCACGAACCGACAAAAUGUAGUUUUCACGAUAAAAUAAUUUUUCUCUUUACAUUUGCUGAUUUUACAGCAUAAUUAAAAUUAUUCAAAUAACAAUUUGAGUACUCACAGAUUAAUGGCAAUAUCAUGUAGUAUUUGAAUAUUAAGCUUAUGCUCUAUAGUCAGUAAUUUAAGUCACUUUUUGCACUUAAAGGACUUAUAAAUACUUGUUUACAUAAACUUGUAAACAGUUUCAUUCCAGUUUAGUUGUCAAUGUCUUCUUGUGUGAUAAGGCAGGUUGUGCAUAAUUUGAAAUGUUUUCAAAAGUGUGUUAUAUAACAAACAGGUCAGGGCCUUUCUUGUUUGGUGCUUGUGUAUGUCUUAAAUUCCGGUAUGUCACCUAUCUAAAACUACCGCGAUGUCUGUCUGGAAUGAAAAUAGAGCCUGCUCAUUUGUUUCUGGGGUUUACUUAUUGUGACGAUAGAAAAUGGGAUAACGAUAGAAAAGUCAUAUUUAGAUGUUCGUUCAUGGGUAAAUUAUUUCUGGGACGACAGGGAACGUGUUUUUUUUUUUUUUUUUUUCCUAUGAUACAAAAGAGAAACAAAACACUCGGCAAUCUGAUUUAAACUCGGAGGAGAGGGGGGGGGGGGGUAUUGCCCCCUCGUACAAUUAAUUCAGCCUUGUAUUUCGAUGUUCUUUCUAUUACUUAGUUGCCUGAAAACUGGUUUCCCAUUAUCAAGAAGUGUCCUAGAAAUGCAGGAGUAACUCUUACAAUAAUACUCAUUUGAAACAUUUUAGAGUUGUCUUUCUUGCAGGGCUAUUGAGGAGCAGUUCUGAAAUAAAAUAUAUCUACAUUUUACAUUGAUUCGAUUGUUUUUUGUUUUUCUUUCUCAUUGACAGUGGUAAAAGGUUUGACAUUAUCUUUUUUUCUCGCAAGUUAUGUACAUGUAAAUGCAAUUUAACUGUCAUUUUAUGAACAAUGCCAUACUAUGUACGGGUACCAUUUUGUUAGUUAAGUUUAUUGAUAUUAGCGCCUUAGUCGUAAAUGUUAUGUUAUUUACUCGUAGUCAUUUACCUAGGUUCAUAUCAUAUAAGACAUGGAUGGCAGUAUUUGAGAUUAAGUGGGACCUGCCUUCACUUCAAUAUGUGACCCACCCAUACUUCUUUAAAGACCCGCCCACACUUCUGCCGGCAUAAUAUGAGUACGAGUUAAAAGUAUUAAAUGAUACAGAAAACCAAUAUGACAUUAUUUUUUCGUAAUAUUUUAAUGUUCAGACGGGAUAUUAAACCGUCUACAUAGAUGCACCUUGUUGUUUCUUACAAUACUUACAUUCUCGAACUUUGUGAUAAGUUAUAUUACCCCAGUUGGUUGCAGUAAGAAGUGCAGUAAUUAAAAAAAAGCCUGUACGUAAGAGAGUAAAGAAAACUUCAUUUCUUUUAGAAAAAAAUAUUUUCUGUGAAAGUCAGCGGCUUUUGAGUAUAAUUUGUUUUUAAACAACAUUCUAGAUUUAAAGGUAAUUCUGAAACUGUUCACAAUAUGAUUUGUUUUGAUAUUGUUUAGUACACAACUGUCUUAUGAUGCACUAGAAAUUUCAAUCCAUUAUCUUACAAGAAAUUUAUUACAUAUCUGACUUAAACAUUGCAAGUGUUCUUAUCCAUAAUGUUGUAUCGUGUUGGUACCUUUUUCUAAAUUUUCAAAUUCUAAAUAUGUUUUACUCUUAAAAGGCACAAUCUUUAUAUUCGCAACUCCUGAGCAAAAAACAAAUUGAUACAUAAGGAAAAUAACCUAUAUUUAACUUUAAUUAUGGGCGGAUUGUUGCCUCGCUUUAAUAGAUUGAAUGUAAAGACAUGAUAAUUUUAUUAUAGACAAUCGGUUAUUUCUGUUAUAUAUGUACAAUGCCAAAAUGGCAAGAACAGGCAAAUUAACGGUAGUGUCCGGAUAGUCCGUCAGGUGUGUUAACAGAAUAAAAUCCUGUCUUGUAAUGUAUGUGUAUGAGCAUUUGUAAAUUAUUUAUGAUAGAUAGUGAUUUUUAAGGUGAUACUGUGUUGAUAUUACUAUAUGUGGCUGUAUAUAAAACCAUUGUUGAUGUAGCUAUAUCAUAAUUAUCAAUAUGAACAAAAAUUGUAGGAUAUUAUUAUGUUGAAUGAAAAAAAAGUUUGUUAAAUUAAAUGUUUCACAUGUU